GGGUCUGGGAAAGGGACAGCAGGUGCCAUGUCCGGCUGGGAAGGUAGCAAGAAGAUGCCCCUGAAACAACCCAAGAAGCAGGCCAAGGAAAUGGACGAGGAAGAUAAGGCUUUCAAGCAGAAACAAAAAGAAGGGCAGAAGAAACUCGAAGAGCUAAAAGCAAAGGCCACAGGGAAGUGGCCCCUGGCCACAGAUGGAAUUAAGAAAUCUGGCAAAAAGUAAGCUGUUCCUUGUCCCUGAGGAGAUGGUGACCCUUUAUUUCAUCUGUAUUUAAACA